AUGUUAGCAACAACAGCACCAAACUCGUUAGUCAUGAACCCAACUUCAAUGUUAGUAGAGAUGAAAAGCUUCAUUCCUUCUUCAUAUACUUUCGAAACAGAAAUCCAGAAGAUAAAGCAAGAACUUUUAACAUGUAAUUUAGACUGUUGUGCGAAAGAUGAAGAAAAUGAACAGUAUCUUUAUGAAAUGCAGGACAUUAUUGACCAUUUACCCAAAUUGCCUGAAAUUCAGCAGCAAAAGCUCACUAUUCCUGAAUUCGAUGAAAUAGAAGUCAAAGCAACUGACUCAGUAGAAAUAAAGAAGUUCAUACGAAAGGUAAACUAUGAGUUUCUAGGAUUUCAUUGCAACCAUAAAGUUAUGGACAAAGAUUGCGAUAUGGUAUAUAAGAACAUCUCUGACAUAUAUAAAUCUGGGGAGUUUAAGACCUACGACAACUUUGUUUCGUUAGUUGCUGAAUGUGUAUGGCAGAUAAGAGAUAAAGAUAGAAGAGGCAAAGUAUGGAACGAACAAAUAAGACCCGCUAUGUUUGAGAUGAAGAGAGCAAUUGACGCCUUAGUUGUUUUAGCAG